AUUUCUCCUUUCCUUCCCUACUUUCCUUAUCAUUUGACAUCUUCUGAUAGAAAAUUUAAAUAAUUUUAGAAUUUAUACAAAAAUCAAAAACACAUUGAUCAUUGUGACCUUGAACCUUGAAAAUGAAUAUUUUCGAAUUAGUUGGCCUCAUUGUAAUCCUUUACUUUUUGGCCAAUAUCAUUCUCUGGAUUGUGCUAGAUGCUGACAUUCAACUUUCUUUCAAAGAGCGUUUUGGUCAGCCUAUCUCUUCCCUACGUGGUCAAGUUGUAUGGAUAACAGGUGCUUCUAGUGGCAUCGGCAAAUAUCUUGCUAUCGUAUUGGCCAAGAAUGGAGUCAAAGUUGCACUCUCCGCUCGAAGAGAAAAUGAACUCAAAUUAGUUCAACAGCAGUGUUUGGCCGCGUCAAAUGGUCUCCUUAGCGAUAACGAUGUUCUUGUUUUGCCCAUUGAUAUGUUGGAUUUUAAAUCACAUGACAAAUGCCUUAAAAUUGUGUUGGAGCAUUUCGGCUCUUUAGACAUUCUAGUGAACAAUGCCGGCAGAUCCCAACGUGCUAGUUGGGAGUCCAUCGACAUUGAAGUCGAUCGAGAAAUGUUCGAAUUAAACGUUUUCUCAGUCAUUAAUUUGUCUCGCCUGGUUUUGCGCUAUUUCAUGGAAGCCAAAAAAGGCCAAGGCCAUUUGGCUGUGACUUCAAGUGGGGCUGGUAUAACAGCUGUACCAUUUUCGGGGAGCUAUCUUGGUGCUAAACAUGCCCUGCAUGGUUACUUCAAAGGACUUGUAGUAGAAGUUCCAUCGAUCGAUGUAACACUUUUCUGUCCUGGACCAAUUGCGACUAAUUUCCUGGAAGAAGCCUUCACUGGUAACCCGAAUGAAAAAGUUGGCCAGAGUACUGCGGGUGAUAAACGUAGGAUGACAGCUGAACGCUGCGCUGAGCUGUUUGCAGUCGCUUUAUCCAAUAAAGUUAAACUGGCCUGGGUUGGACUGUUUCCGGUGAACAUAUUGCUUUAUUUAUCACAAUACUACCCCAACGUGACGAUGUUAAUUUACAAACUGUUAGGUCCAGAUCGUUUGAAGAAAAUAAGAGAAGGAAAGUCAAAUUAAUUUCAACAUCGAUUCCAACUUAUUUAAGAAUUUUUUUAGGAUUUGCAAUCAAAAAUAUGUAAAAAGACUUAAGGAAUUAAAGAAUAAUAUGUUUUAUAAAA